AACUAGAAAUGGAAAUGGCAGGGGAAAGGAAGCAGAAAUCCGAAAGAUGGGCAGAUUUUAGUACUGAGGUAAAGAAGGUUAGUGUAAUCGCGGUACCAAUGGUGGUGGUAGCAGUGUUGCAGUAUAUGAUGCAAAUGGUAGCGGUCGUGAUGGUUGGCCAUGUUGAUCAACUAUCUUUGUCUAGUGUCGCCAUUGCAACCUCCCUCACCAAUGUCACUGGUUUCAGCCUUCUUUCAGGACUUGUGGGAGGCUUGGAGACCCUUUGUGGGCAAGCAUUUGGAGCCAAGCAACAUGACAAAAUUGGAAUCUACACUUGCAGUGCAAUUAUCUCAUUGCUAUUGGUCUGUAUCCCAGUUUCUAUCUCCUGGAUUUUUCUAGACAAAUUUCUAAUCUUAAUAGGCCAAGAUCCAAUGAUCUCACUUGAAGCCCGAAAAUAUUCUGUUUAUCUCAUUCCAGCUCUGUUUGGAGGGGCAAUAACUAAGCCUCUGGUGAGAUCACUUCAAUCCCAGAGCUUGACUAUGCCGUUGCUAUUGAGCUCUAUGCUUGUUUUAUGUUUCCAUGUCCCUCUUUGUUGGGCAUUCGUGUUCAAGUUUAAGAUGGGAAGCGUCGGUGCUGCAAUAGCGUUUAGUUUGUCAAACUGGUUUUACCUGCUACUGAUGGUGGCUUAUGUUAGAUUCUCGACAAUGUGUGAGGAUACCCGUGUGACUAUCUCCAUUGAAGCACUGUUUGUCAUCAAAGAAUUCUUUCAGUUUGCAGUCCCGUCAGCUGUAAUGGUUUGUCUCAAAUGGUGGGCACUAGAAGUACUUAUCUUGGUCUCAGGAUUAUUACCAAAUCCAAAGCUUGAAACCUCAGUUCUUUCGAUAUGCCUAACUAUCUCAACGUUACACUUCACCAUACAAUAUGGCUUUGGAGCAGCUGCAAGCACCCGAGUUUCAAAUGAAUUAGGUGCUGGGAACCCAAAAGCAGCCCGGCUAGCCGUUUACACCACUAUUUUUCUAGCCAUCACCGAAGCCAUAAUAGUUAGCGCAGCAGUUUUCAGUUGUCGCAGUUUUCUUGGAAACGCUUACAGCAACGAAAUGGCAGUUGUGAAUUAUGUUGCAUCAAUGGCUCCUUUUAUAUCCCUCUCUCUCAUUACAGAUAGCCUACAAGCAGUGAUUUCAGGAAUCGCUAGGGGAAGUGGAUGGCAACAUAUUGGAGCUUAUGUGAAUCUUGUAGCGUUUUACGUAUUUGGGAUCCCAGUAGCCGUUGUAUUGGGGUUCCCUUUACAUUUGAAAGCAAAGGGACUUUGGAUUGGGAUUAUGGUAGGAUCCAUAAUCCAGUCAACGAGUCUGUCACUGAUAACAGGAGUCACUGACUGGCAAAAACAGGCAAUGAAGGCUAAAGAGCGAAUUUCAAAAAUUACAUUGCUAGUAUAUAACAAUAACAAAGGCAAUGAUGUAGACAUUAGGGAAUAUGAAUGUGCAUAG